AUGGCUGCCAACAAACGGCAGCCUGCCUAUAACCAUACCCGUCAGGCCGGUAGAGGGAAAAGGCCUAAGGAACACUCCAAGGACGGGGCCCAGGCUAAAACCUUCAAGCAGUUCCCCCGGGUAGGAAAUCUAUCAGCAGAUCGCCGACAAAGGCAUCCUGUCGAAGCACCGGCAACUAAAAGACAGGACGGGGGAAAAAAAAAUCUCUAUUGCGACUACCAUAAGGGCUACGGCCACAAGACCCAAGAUUGUUUCGACCUAAAAGAUGCCUUGGAGCAGGCGAUCCGGGAAGAAAAGUUGGCCGAGUUCUCCCACCUUAUAAGAGAACCCCAGAGACGGGAUCGCGAUCGGCCUGGCGAUGACAAGAGCCGCACUGUGAAGCAGAGACAAGAACCAGAGGAGGACAAUGAGUGCAGCCUCACCAUCGUGAACGUCGUGGUCGAGAGAGACGUGGCUCCUAGGUCGAAAUCGGUAAAUAGGAAGGACACCAAAGUCUUGGCCGUGUCAUCAUCCAGUUCUGCCCUUCCCUCCAGGAGGAUACUGUCAAUAUCAUUCGGACCCAAGGACCAAUGGUUUGACGACUUACCAGAGAACCCUCCGAUGGUGAUCACAGCUAGAGUUGGAACUGGCUUAGUAAAGCGAAUCCUAGUGGACACUGGAGCCGACUCAAACAUCAUGUUUCGCAAUGUGUUUGAUGCUUUGGGCCUCCGAGAUGCCGACUUAAAGUCCCAUUGA